UGCAUGAGAUGAGUGCAAAUAUAUUUCCCUAAGAAACGUAACGUUCGUUGUUUAUACGAAAAUGAUCAUGAAUAUAUCACUUUCCUUUCUGUUUUUCUACUUUGUGUUCUUCUUGUCCUUACAUUACAAAGAAAGUGAUGCUACUACUGCGCCGCCUCAGAAUGGCAACGUUUAUAUUGUGUACAUGGGGGCUAACAAGAAUAGCCAUGAUAUGCUUCUUAGCUCUUUGCUAAGAAGGAAUAAGAAAGCAUUAGUACACAGCUACAAGAAUGGGUUUUCAGGAUUUGCUGCACGGUUAUCAGACUCAGAGGCAAGUCAACUGAGCAAACAACCUGGAGUUGUUUCAAUGUUUCCAGAUCCUAUGCUUCAACUCCAUACAACGCGUUCAUGGGAUUUCUUACAGUACGAAACUUCUGUAUUAAUUGACUCCCAACCACGCUUUAAUGCAGUUCCAGUAUCAGCCUCUAAAGGAUCAGAUACAAUUAUUGGGAUUUUAGACACAGGUAUCUGGCCAGAAUCUGAGAGCUUUAGCGACGAAGGCAUGGAUCCAAUUCCAUCUAGAUGGAAAGGGAAGUGUAUGGUGGGACAAAACUUCACUACUUCAGAUUGUAACAAAAAAUUGAUAGGAGCAAGAUACUAUAAAGAUGAAGAUAGUAAAUCACGAAUGCAAUCCCCUAGAGAUGAAUUAGGCCACGGCACACAUGUAGCAUCAACGGCAGCAGGUGUCUCAGUAGCAAAUGCUUCAUACUAUGGCUUAGCUAAUGGUGCAGCAAAGGGUGGAUCUCCAACAUCACACAUAGCUAUGUAUCGCGUGUGCUUCUCUGACGGAUGCCCUGGAUCUGCUAUCUUGGCUGCUUUUGAUGACGCGAUAGCAGAUGGUGUUGAUAUGCUGUCCUUAUCACUUGGAGCAUCAUCUUCAUUUGCACCUGAGUUCUCCACUGAUCCUAUCGCUAUAGGUGCAUUCCAUGCAGUUCAAAAGGGGAUCACUGUGCUCUGCUCUGCAGGAAAUGACGGCCCUUCUGCUCAAUCCGUUGUCAAUGUGGCUCCUUGGAUCUUAACUGUUGCUGCUACUACUAUAGAUCGUGACCUCGAGUCUGAUAUUGUCUUAGGCAACAACAAAGUGAUUAAGGGUGAAUCUAUUAACUUCUCUGAGCUUGAAGAGUCUCCAAAAUACCCACUGAUAUCUGGCAGUGCCGCGAAGACCAAGUCUGCAACUGAAGUUGAUGCAAGGAAUUGCUACCCAAACUCAAUUGAUGCAGAGAUGAUAAAAGGAAAAGUAGUGCUUUGUCAGCAUGCAGACAACAGUAUUUACAGCCCCAGAAUGAAACUAACGGGAGUCAUGAAGAGUGGCGGUGUAGGAAUUAUAAUAGUUAAUGAUAAAACGCGGUUGGUUGCCAGUAAUUCAGGAUCCUUCCCAAUGACUGUCAUUACCUCAAAGGAUGGUGCAGAAAUCCUUGCAUACAUCAACUCGAGUGAAAAUUCGGUUGCAACAAUCUUAGCUACAAAAACAAUCCCAACAUAUAAGCCAGCACCAACAGUUGCCUAUUUCUCAGCAAGAGGUCCUGCAGCGGGCCUUAAAAACCUUCUCAAGCCUGAUAUUGCAGCACCAGGAGUAAAUAUCCUAGCAGCAUGGAUAGCUAAUGACAAAUCAAAAGAAACCACGCCUGAAGGAAGAGAGCCUCCUCGAUUCAAUCUACUCUCUGGAACUUCUAUGGCUUGCCCUCAUGUUGCAGGCAUUGCUGCCAACAUCAAAUCCCAGAAUCCUUCCUGGAGUCCUGCUGCAAUAAGGUCUGCUAUAAUCACAAGUGCAAUUCAAAUCAACAAUUUAAAAGAGCCAAUAACCACACAAACAGGAGAAAAUGCCACACCAUAUGAUUAUGGGGCAGGGGAGGUAAGCCCGACAGGAGGAAUACAACCCGGACUGGUUUAUGACAUCGACCCAGCAGACUACUUGCAGUUUCUGUGUUAUUAUGGAUAUGAUAUCUCCGCUAUAAAGCUUAUUGCAGCUGAGCUUCCAAGUGGAUUUGCUUGUCCUAAAAAUUCUAGCAAGGACAUGAUAUCGAACAUGAACUAUCCAUCAAUAGCUAUAUCAAUGAAUGCUACGACAGAACCUGUUACAGUUAAGAGGACUGUCACUAAUGUUGAUACUGAUGAAGCCACAACCUAUACUGUAACGAUAGAUAAACCUGCAGGGCUGGAGGUAAAUGUCAGUCCGAAUGAACUAAAAUUUACAGCAAAUGCCAAGAAGUUGAAUUACGAGGUCACAUUUUCUCCCUCUUCUUCUGCUAAAGGAGAUCUGUUUGGAGCAAUCACAUGGACAAACAAGAAGUACAAAGUGAGAAGUCCAUUUGUUGUAAACCGAAGUGGAGUUUGAUAUCGGUUUUAGUACAUAGAUAUCUCAUGGUAUGAUAGAAUAUCAUCCCUGAUAUUCUGAUAACCCUAUAAGUGAAGUGUUACAUUAUCCUUUUACAAAACAAGAAAGCUUUACCCUGGAGUAGCAGAGACAAAUUGUAUCAAAGUGAUUAGAACAUCAAGAAUUUGAAACAUUCUAGAUGAACAAUUACUUUCUGUAUCAACAAAAUAGUCUUGUAAAGUUUCUUUGACAAUAUAUAAUGUCAAUAAUUAGAACAACUAAUCUUAUUUAUAAUUUAAGAGUCAUGUUAACGAGAAGCCUUUAAAACCCCAA